GUUGAGACCCUUCUUGCGAAAUCCUUCAUCGAGGCAGGACACCGAGACAUCGAAGCUUUUAAAGCGUUGGAGAAAUGUUUCGACCAGGAACAUCGUGGGCCGCUUGCCCAUGCGCAUUUCAUGAGGACGUCGUCAUAUCGUAUUACUUCGCCUCGCGCUGGUGUCCAAGAUAAAAAGGACGAAAAAUCAUUUUUAGCUCCAUUAUCUGAAGAAUCAUCUGAUGCUACAGUAAGGUCGAGCCAAAAUGGGGAUGAUUUAACGCCUAACAAGCAGAGCGAGUUUUUCGAGGAUGAGACACCCUCUAAAAAGAAGAGCAAAUCGGAACAAUUCGCAGAGCGGCAUCCCAAGAGGCAGAAAAGAGCCAAAGGCCCUCCUGGGAAUCCGCCCUAUAAGCAAGAUAGCACAACCAGCAACUCGAGCAAUAAAAUCCAAGCUGCGCUUGCUUGGGAUUCGUCUAGGUUCGCAACCUCGAAUGGGAAAAUGGUUUUAUUCGUAAGAGCACAUUAUUCAUGAAGUAUGGGUAGUGAACAAAAAGGCUAACUUGCGGAGAUGCCUUUCUUGCAUUACGAGACAGAUGAGCGGCGGCGGAAAAUGAGUAGAGCUAUUAAAAACGCACGCGAUGGUCGAAACAUCGUAGACAACUCUUCCCGAGAUUCUCUCAUUGUCAACGCAUAUCUCAAUAACACACCCCCUCUUCAUCCACGCAGGACCCUUG